CUUUCUUAACGCUGAGCCAUCUCUCUGCAGCCUCUCAUCCAUCUUCUUCCAUUUCCUCCUACAUGCUACUUUUAGAAUUGCUCCCCAGCCCCCACCGACUCCACCACCCUCACGUUCUCCUCCUAGUUAGAUGUUCUGUGACGUUCGCCUUACGUCACAGCCCCGCCCUGAGAACUUCGGGCGCGCCGCCAGUGUUCUUAACUCUGAAUGCAGCCGGCCACCCCCUCUAACCCAAGCCCAAGUUACUGGGACUGACUGAGCGGAGAUGGGUGACUGGAAGGGCUACAUCAGUGCGGUGCUGCGGGAUCAGCGUAUCGAUGACGUGGCUAUCGUGGGCCACUCGGACAAUCGCUGUGUGUGGGCAUCACGGCCUGGGGGUCUGCUGGCGGCCAUCUCCCCGCAGGAGGUGGGUGUGCUCACCGGGCCGGACCGACACACCUUUCUGCAGACCGGUCUGAGCGUGGCGGGUCGCCGCUGCUGCGUUAUCCGUGACUACCUGCUGGCCGAGGGUGAUGGCGUACUGGAUGCGCGCACCAAGGGGCUGGACGGGCGUGCAAUCUGUGUGGGUCACACGCCACGGGCGCUCCUAGUGCUCAUGGGCAGAAGAGGCGUGCAUGGAGGCAUCCUCAAUAAGACAGUGCACGAUCUGAUUGGCGGAUUGCGUGAGCAGUGCUCUUAGCAGGACAGCUAGACCGCCCGUGGUUGGUGGGGAGACCAGAAUAAACCAUGAACUGGG